UCGGUGUAACUAUGCUGCGAGUUGACGGAUGACACGUUAAUUUCGCCGAGGAACUGCAAGUUCUACCGACCGGGUUCCUCGACAGACAAGAGGCUGCGAGUUUGCCGACAGCUGCGAGAUCCUUUGUGCUCCAAGGAACGAGCCGUAACUGGUUUCUUGAUUUCGACUGGGUCAUCUUUCGGCUAAAGAGAUGAUCGCGAAGUGGACAGCGUUUCUAUUGUUCUGCCUCGGAGUGGACAGGAUUCGGGGGUAUGCAACCGAACAACUUCGUGAGAAGAGGCAACUGUUGUAUCCUCCACCACUUGUAUACCCUUUCGGCGGCAAUUACAAGCUACUUAUCGGAAUCGCGAUACCGGUGCAGCUGUCCGGUAGAACCUUGGUUUACGGCCAAAAUAUACAAUUCCAGUACAGUCUGCCGGACAACGCUACCUUCUUCACCAAUUUCUUCGAGGGCUCGUCGCGACGACGCAGAAAUGUCGAUUGGAACGAGAGAACAGCUGUCUAUGAUAUUCUCGAGAGCGAACUAGACAGGAGGAACAUCGACGGGAAGAGUUGCCUCAAAAAGAACAUUUGCGAAGCAGCAGCAACGCCGCUGGAAGACGAAGGCCUAAUCGGAGAACUAUUACAUUUACUGUUUAGCCCAGAUCAUGGGAGCGAAUCGAACAUGGAUCAAGAGUACUUGGAUGCUGCUGCAGCUGGUAGGAGACAUGAAGACUGUUCUAUGAUCUAUCCCUCAUGUCCUGACGGACUUGGAAUUUUGGAUCGAAUCUCCACUUUUUAUUAAAGGAUCGUUUCAACAUGACAGUAGAUCACGACCUUUGCCAGUGUAGCAUUAAACGUUCUAACUUUUUCAGUUUAGAAGUAAUUCCUAUCCAGGCUUCAACUGAAAUAACAAUCUCGCAGUUUGUUAUUGCAUAUGUAUUCAUUGUUUUUAAGAAAUGAAGUAUAUUAACUAGUAAUUAUUACGUUGUCAUAGUGUCAGAAUAACGAUGGUCGUGGGCUUUUACUGUCAAAUGUAAACGUAUUUUGACGGUUUAAAAGCCCCGAUGAUAUUCAAUGAUGUACUUGUCAUUUUAUAAUACUCAAUCCAUCAUUACAAUAUUCAGAAGUUAUUAACAUUCAAUGUAGAAUAUACAUGAUUCAAAUUUAAUAACAAAUUAUUAUUAUUAUUAUUCAUU